AGCAACUUAUCGUUCCUGAAUAGGUGGCGCCGUGGUAGCGGAUCCUGUUCCUCUUCUUCCGGUUUCUGCACUGUGCAACUAUUUCAGUUAUAUUUUUAAUUAACGAUGCCAAGUACUUGUUGUUGUGUACCUGGAUGUCAUUUAAGAGGAGGACAUGCAUUUCCAAAUGACUUAAAAAGAAGGAAAAGUUGGAUCAACGCCAUGGCCCAUACGCAGAUUGGACGAGAACACGAUGAUAUCGUGGAGUCCAUCUCAAUCAGCUGUUGUUUGCAAGGCACGUUUUACUGAAAAAGACUACGUGCAGGAAACUAUUCAUGGGCGCAAACCCACCAUACAGAGACUUAAGUCUACUGCAAUUCCCAGCCUAUUUUCCUGGACCAAGCAAGAGACUGAAUCGUCCGCAAAAAGAAAAAUCAGGGCAGUUUCCUGUGAAAACAAAAGAACUAAACUUGAUGAAUAUUGUAGUAGAAAUCUAGAGGAAAGUUUUGAUUGUAAAGUUGGUUUUCCUGAAGAAGUCAUUCAUACUGCAGAAAGGAUUUAUGACUGUCCACCACCAACUGCCGAGCUUAUGUUGAGCUUCACAGAUGGAAUUACGCAAACACCAUCAAUGCCUAUGUUUUCAGCAGAGAAUUUUGAAAUGAAGACACGUGACACAGCCAUGCAUUUUUAUAACGGUUUAGAGUUGUAUACUAAAUUUUUAUUUGUUUUGACCACACUUGGUCCAGCAGCACAUUGUUUGAGAUACAUAUAUUUUCAAAUUGAUAGGGUGUCAGUUGAAAAUCAGUUUUUUUAUGACUUUGAUGAAAUUGAGGCAUCAUACAACCAACUUUGAACUGUCUAGAUUCUAGAUUGAAUCUAGUGUUAAGAAUAUUGUGUAUACAUGGAUUAUUUUUAUGUCUAAACAGUGGUGUGAGGCUAACACUUGGCCAUCUAGUGGUUUAGUCAGGUAUUUUUCACCAUCCAACUUCAAAUUAAAGUUUCCUUCGACUUGGAUUAUUAUUGACAGCACAGAAUAUCCCGUGAUAAAACCUAAAGCUCCUAGAGCUCAGGCAACCUUUUCAUCAAAUAAAAACAGAAACACUGAAAAUUCUUGAAUGUUCGACACCUAGUGGUUUAGUCAACUAUGUCUCUAUGUCACAUAGAGCGAAUUAUUGGACUUGGCAAAACAUACAAAAUUCUAAUAAAUCCUAUGAAUGAAACUGAAACAAAACUUUCAUCUGAAAUAACAUUUAGUUGUUGUAUGUUGUGUAAUUUUAGAACUUGUAUUGUGCCAAAGGAUGCAUAAAUAAAAGUGACGCAAUGAA